AUGUCGGCCACAGCUGAGGUGCUGACCUCCCCAGCUGCACGGAGGUACGUCGAGAGCCUGCGGGGCCCCUACCGCGACGAUCACGUGCGCCUCCAGCCCUCUGGCUGCGUCCUGCUCUCCAAGGUCACCACGGACGUUCACAGGAUCCUGGACUUAGCAGUGAGGCCGGACGAUGUGUGGCUGGUGACGUUCCCCAAGUCUGGCACCACGUGGAGCCAGGAGCUGGUAUGGCUGCUGAUGAACAACUGCGAUGUCGAGCAAGCAAAGCGGGUCCCACUCAUACAGAGGUUCCCAUAUCUAGAGAUAACGCCUUUGAUGCCUGAAUUCACAAGGAAUAUGCCUCACUCAAUAGACCAUGUGGAAAGGAUGGUUUCACCACGCUUAAUUAAAAGCCAUUUACCAUUAGAUCAGCUGCCUAAGCAGAUUAAAACUGUGAAGCCCAAGGUAAUAUACGUCGUGCGCAGCGUGCAGGAUGCGAUCGUGUCGUUCUACCACCACUACCAGCUCUGGGGGGACUGCAGCCUCACGCUCGACCAGUUUGCAGAGUGUUUCAUGGACGACUUGAUCAUGUACUGCCCAUACUGGGACCACGUGCUCCCCUUCUGGAACCUGAGGAAUGAGCCCAAUGUCCUCUUCUACUCUUACGAAGACAUGAAGAAGGACCUGGCUUCAGUGAUCCGCAGAGUGGCCACCUUCCUGCAGAAGACGAUCACAGAGAGGCAGGUGGCUGAGCUGGUGGACUACCUGAGCUUCGACAAGAUGCGCAACAACCCGGCUGUCAACUACGACCCCGUGGUGGAGCAGCUGCGCGCGGACUACAACCUGCAGCCCUUACCCUCCUCCACGAAGUUUAUGCGGCGGGGACAGGUCGGAGAGGGGAGGCAAGUCCUGUCAGAGGACAUCCAGCGCCGCUUGCGUCAGUGGACCGAGGCAGCCCUCCAGGGCAGCGACUACGCAGGGCCACGCUGA